CCAGCCACCUGCAAAGAGUACCUUGCUUCCACACCGAACAGAACCUGAGAUGGGAUCCGUCAGCCACAACUCCUACUUCGACGCCGCCGAGUCUGUCGAGCCCGACGGCAUCUUUGAAGUGCUCCGGCGCUACAACGCCGACGACUCCCCAGACAAGAUCAACGUCUGUGUGGGUGCCUACCGCGAUGAGAAUGGCAGGCCCUGGGUCUUGCCGUCCGUUCAGAUGGCCAAGAAGAAGAUCGCCGGCGCCGAUCACGAGUACCUCCCCAUGAUGGGCCACAGGGCCUUUCGCGACGCAUCGGUUGAGCUGCUCUUCCACGGCUCGCGGGCAUUAGCAGAGCGCAGAAUAGCAGGUGUUCAGUCGCUUUCAGGCACAGGCGCCCUCCUUCUCGCCGGCAUGACCCUUAAGAAAGCCAACACCAAUAUCCACAACAUUUACAUCACCUCGCCUACCUGGCCCAACCACGAGCUUCUCUUCGACACCAUGGGCUUCCGCGUGCACUGGGCGCCUUACUACAACAACGAGACCCGCGCUUACGACCACGAGGCCUUCCUGGCCGCCCUCAGCGCCGCAGAGCCCAAUUCCGCCGUUGUCCUCCAUGCCUGCGCCCAUAACCCCACGGGCUGCGACCCCACGCGCGAGCAGUGGCGUGAGAUCGCCGACGUCGUGCGCGCCCGGGCCAUCUUCCCUAUCUUUGACGCUGCCUACCUCGGUUUCAACUCGGGCUCUGUCGACGAGGAUGCCUGGGCUGUGCGCCACUUCAUCGAUGACCUCGGCCUCGAGGCUGCCAUCUGCCUCUCAUUUGCCAAGUCAAUGGGCCUCUAUGGCGAACGCGUCGGCGCUGUGCUUUUUGUCGCCGCUGCCGACAGCCUGGCCGCCACCAUUCAGAGUAUUCUCGAGAACGCCCAGCGCGCCACCAUCAGUACCCCGCCUCUGUAUGGCGCAAGCAUUGCUCAGGCCGUGCUGGGUUCGUCCGACAUCAGGAAGCAGUGGGCCCAGGACCUGAUCACCAUGAGUGGGCGCAUCCUGAAGAUGCGAGGGCGUCUGUUUCAGGAGCUGACCAGGCUGGGCACGCCCGGCAGCUGGGAGCAUGUCGUGAAGCAGACUGGCAUGUUUGGCUACCUGGGCAUUGAGCCCGCCCAAGUCGUACAUCUCGAGAAGAUUCAUCAUGUCUACAUGGCAAGCACGUCGCGGAUAUCGAUCGCUGGCCUGAACGACAAUAAUGUCGAGUACUUUGCCAAGGCGCUGGACGCCACUGUGCGCAAAUUUGGCAGCAGCUAAUGUGUCUUUUCUGUUUCUGUCUCUGCCGCAAGAUGCAGGACAAACAGUGGACAGCAGGGACGGGGAGUGAAAGAAGAGAGAGAGAAAAAAAAAAAGGGGGGGGGGGGGGUACGCGUAAAUAAGCAUAGAUCCGCGAUCUUGUAUAUAGUCUAAGUAAACAACUAGAAUGUAAUUUGU